AUGGGAAUCCCUAACCCCCCCCAGCACCAAAUAAAUGCGCACCACAACUAUUCCAGGGGGAACGGAAGGCGAAGCAGUUACCUACGGAUGGUGGACCACCUGAAGAAUGUGAGAGGGGUAAACGGAACGGACGCUGCGCUUGGCGGUUCGUACAGCGACUUGAGCAGCGUUGUAAGCAGCAAUGAAGGCAGCAGCGAAAGCAUCGACCUCGGGAGUGAAAUCAGCAGCGACAGUGGGAGCGAGAGCACAGGGAACCUCUCAGAUGGGUCCCUCGCAGACAUCGAAAUUGGCGAGGAAGUGUUCGAGGACAGCAUAUUGACGAGCUCAAAUUACGAGAAAAUAAAAUCGCUCAAAUAUGAUAAAGUGAUAGAGGACGAUGAGGUUCCAUUCGGUUGCAAAGGCUCAGAUUUUACUGCAAACAUGACGAAAGAGGAUAUAAUCGAGAGUAUAAAAAAUUUAAGUGACCCGGUGCCAUUCAAAGAUAUGUUUAUUGUGUAUAAUUCUUUUCACGAAAAUGAAAGAAAGAAAUUUAAAAUGAUGCAAAACGUUUUAAAAAAUUUUUUGGAAAAUGUGGCCAAAAAAAAACAUCUAAGGGAGAGCUAUGUAAAGGAUGCAUGGACGCAUAUCUCUUCCUACAUGACUCAGGAAUUGUUAAGAAAAGAUUUUGUAGAUUUUAAAUCUUUAUAUGAGUUGCUGGAAAAUGGAGAGUGCAGUCUUGAUGAGUAUGUACAUUUUAUAAAAACGAAGAAGUCCUCUUGGAACUUCUUUUUAAGCGAUAUGGAGGACACAGGCAGGGACAUGAUCUACGACUAUGUGACGAGGCGCCCCUCCAAGAGGAGGGAACAGUCACUCCUUUGA